AUGACGACUGCCUAUUUGCCUGCGACGUUGACCGACAUCUGUCGUCACGGCCUGCAGUACCAAGGCGAUCUGGAGCCCGGAGGGAACUACCUGUCUGCGGUUUCUACCGAAGUCUGUGAUCACGCCGUGAAGUACUGUGGCGAUUUGAACCGCUGCUGGGCGAGCGAGACCGUUGGCUGUGCCUACCUGUUGGCGACUCAUCGAGCGCUUGUGCUUGUCGACUAUCACGAGAUCUAUGAGACGGCGAGUGAGCCUCCAUUAAUCGUGACUGUGACCGUAUCUGUGGAAGAGCUCUGCGUUGAUCUGGUCGUCUGUUCUGCGGGGAAGGCGAACGAGACCGACGGAUGUGGCAGUGACCUGAAUGGACGUCGCUCGUGA